AUGAAGUUCUCUCUUUCUUCCAUGUUGCUCAUGGGGCUUCUGCCCCAGACUUUCGCUCUGCCCAUCGCCAACGAGACGUCUAUCUACGAUGCCAUCAUCGUCGGAGGCGGUCCGUCGGGUCUUAGUGCGCUCAGUGCCCUCGGCCGAGUAAGGAGAAACGUGCUUCUCAUCGACUCGGGCGAGUACCGCAAUCAACCCACAAGACACAUGCACGAUGUUCUCGGCUUCGACGGCGUCACCCCAGCUUGGUACCGCUACGCGGCCCGCAAGCAGAUCGAGUCCUACGAGACCGUCUCCGCCAUCAACGGCACCGUCACGAAGAUCGAAGGCAGCGAUGCCGACAACUUCGUCGUCUCGUACACCUGCAGCGCCAACCAGACGACCACCGUGAAGGCUCGCAAGAUCGUUCUCGGCACCGGUCUGCAGGACGUCCUCCCCUCCACCCCCGGCAUCGAGGAGAUCUGGGGCAAGGGCCUGUACUGGUGCCCCUGGUGCGACGGCCACGAGCACGCCGACCAGGCCCUCGGCCUCCUCGGCGACCUCACCGACGUGCCCAGCCUCGUCCGCGAGAUCCUCACCCUCAACACCGACCUCGUCGCCUUUGUCAACGGCACCGACACCCCCGAGAACCGCAACGCGACCGAGGCCAAGAACCCCAAGUUCGAGGAGUUCCUCGCCCUCCACAACGUCACCGUCGAGAACCGCACCAUCGCCAGCGUCACCCGCCUCCAGGACGGCGGCGACCACCCCGCCGACCCCUCCCUCCCCACCGCCCCCGAGAAGGACCUCUUCCGCGUCGACUUCACCGAGGGCCCCUCCGUCGAGCGCGCCGCCUUCUUCGCCAGCUUCCCCGACGAGCAGCGCAGCUCCGUCGGCGCCGACGCCGGCGUCGCCCUCUGGGGCGGCCGUCUCGCGGCCGAGGUCUCCAAGGGCUUCGCGACCAACGUCGACGGUAUCUACGCCAUUGGCGACGCCAACUCGGAUAACAGCACCAACGUGCCCCACGCGCUGUACACCGGCAAGAGGACUGCUGUUUUCUUGCAUGUCAGGCUUGCGAAGGAGGAUCAGGCCAAGGAGACCGGUAUUGACUUGGCCUCCCUGUUGAAGAGAGAUCUUGAGGUCGAGCAGCGCUCCGUGUGGGAUCUUGCGAACGGUCAGCCCGGUGAGAUCUUGUACGCUGGGGAGUUUGACCAGUAG